CAAGCCUCGAUACAGUCUGCGCCCAUUGAUACCCAGCUUUGCGUGCAUUUAUUCAGUUUCCCCUUAGUUAGAUAAGACCUUUUCCUCAGACUUGUUCUGCCAUCGCAUUCGAUCCGAACAUGGCCCCAUCGGCAUCUGAAGCCGCGGCGAAAGUCGCGAACGUUGCCGCGGGCACGUCAUCGUCGGCGAAGGAGUUCAAGAAGGAAUCGGCGACAGCAAGAUUCGUGGGCGCAGGAACGGCCGGUAUUGCUGAGCUUAUGGUCUUCCACCCCGUCGACACCACCGCGAAGCGAUUGAUGAGCAAUUACGGCAAAAUCACCUCUGCCUCGCAGUUGAACUCGGUCAUCUUCAAGGACAAGGCACAAGCAUCGGUUGGGGGUCGGUUCAUAUCUUUGUUCCCUGGUCUAGGCUAUGCGGCCGUUUACAAGGUCCUCCAACGUGUGUACAAGUAUGGCGGCCAACCCUUCGUCAGGGAUUACCUCGCAACGCACCACGGAGGCAGCUUCGAUCGCACAUUCGGCAAGGGCAACGGCAAGGCGAUAAUGCAUGCGACGGCAGGAAGUUUGAUUGGUAUUGGCGAAAUCGUCAUCUUGCCUCUGGAUGUUCUUAAGAUCAAGCGACAAACCAACCCAGAAGCUUUCAGAGGACGGGGACUGUUCAGGAUCAUUGCCGAUGAAGGGUUUGGCCUGUAUCGUGGCUGGGGCUGGACAGCGGCACGCAACGCACCUGGUUCAUUCGCGCUGUUCGGUGGCUCUGCGGCUGCCAAGGAAUACCUGUACAAGCUGAACGACUACAACGCUGCCAGCUGGACGCAGAACUUCGUUGCCUCGAUCGCCGGUGCCAGCGCUUCCCUUCUCGUGUCCGCUCCGCUCGAUGUCAUCAAGACGAGGAUCCAGAACAGGAAUUUCGAAAACCCAGAGAGCGGCUUCCGGAUCGUUUCCAACAUGAUCCGCCACGAGGGCUUCACGUCGUUCUUCAAGGGACUGACGCCAAAGCUUCUGAUGACCGGCCCCAAGCUCGUGUUCUCCUUCUGGCUAGCUCAAACGCUUAUACCUGCAUUCAGCAAGGUAAUGUAAGCGGGUCGUCGCCGAGGGAUGGUGUUCUGUACAAUAGUAGGGUUCCGGGAUUCUGGGUGGUUUAUAAAAGGUUCCUAAUCUAGCGCUGCAAGAGCUUACUCGGGCGGAUGCAUCCGCGAGCUCUUGGAAUUAAUAUAUCCUUCUCCAUUCCACGCG